UCCUCACUUAAAAAAUAGUUUUAUUUAAGCCAAACUCUCCUUUCUUCUCGCCCAAUCAAAGUUUCUUCGCCUAAUUCUUCAUAAUCGUCCAAACCCCCCCUGUACUUUAAUUAAUCAUGACAUUUAGCUCUCGAUCCAAGGAUUUAAUGCUAUAGAAUCAUCAAGUACUUGAGAUAGGUUGCUAGCUAGCCAUGAAAGGACUCCAAGCAUGUUCAAGUUUGUUCACAUUCAUGUUCUUGUUAUUCUUCUUCUCCUCCAUGUUUGGCUUCUUGCAUGGAAAGGAACUUGAGAUUCUCUCUUCCUUCAAAGCUUCCAUCAAUGACCCAUUUCAAUAUCUCUCCAAUUGGAACUCCAACAUCCAUAUCUGUGACUGGCAUGGCAUCACUUGCGACAGCUUGUCUCAUGUUCAUGCCAUUGAGCUUUCAAGCAAAAACUUCUCUGGCAAACUCUCCUCCUCCUCAAUCUUUCACCUACCAUAUGUCGAAAAGAUUGAUCUUUCGAACAAUCGAUUUUCCGGUGAAAUCCCCCAUGACAUGUUCUUCAACACUUCAUUUCAAUAUCUCAAUCUUAGUGACAACAAUUUCACUGGUCAAAUCCCGAGUGGGAUAAUGUCGAUUUCAAUUUCGAAGCUUGAAACUCUUGAUCUUUCCAACAACAUGCUUUACGGGAAAAUCCCUGAGAAAACAGGAUCAAUAUUCUCGAGUCUCAGAUAUCUUGAUCUUGGAGGGAAUGUUUUGGUGGGUGAAAUUCCAAUCUCCAUAGCAAAUCUCACAAGCUUGGAAUACUUGACUUUGGCAUCAAACCAUUUAGUUGGUCCAAUUCCACCACAGUUAGGCCGAAUGAAGAGCUUGAAAUGGAUUUACUUGGGCUACAACAAUCUUUCUGGUCAAAUCCCAACAGAGAUUGGAUUCUUGACUUCUCUAAACCAUAUUGAUCUUGUCUACAACAAUCUCACAGGACCAAUCCCAUCUUCAAUUGGGAACCUCAGUGACCUUCAGUACCUCUUCCUCUACCAAAACAAGCUCACUGGUUCAAUCCCCAAAUCAGUUUACAGUCUCAAGAGACUCAUAUCACUUGAUCUUAGUGACAACUUUCUUUCAGGGGAGAUUCCAGAACUCAUGAUUCAGUUACAGAAUCUUGAGAUUCUCCAUCUUUUCUCCAACAACUUUUCUGGUAAAAUUCCAAGUGCUUUAACUUCCUUGCCUCAUUUACGAGUCCUUCAACUUUGGUCGAACAAAUUAUCCGGUGCGAUUCCAGCAGAGCUUGGAAAACAGAACAAUCUCUCUGUAUUAGACCUCUCCACCAACUCUCUCACCGGAAAAAUCCCCGAAAGUCUGUGCGGAUCGGGUCUGCUUUUCAAGCUCAUUCUUUUUUCAAACUCACUUGAAGGUGAAAUCCCAAUGAGCUUGAGUGAUUGCAAAAGCUUGCGACGAGUUCGGCUGCAGGAUAACAAACUCUCUGGUGGAUUACCACAGGAGUUCACUCAGCUUCCACUUGUUUAUUUCUUGGAUAUAUCGGGAAACAAUCUCUCUGGCAGAAUUGAUGAUAAAGAGUGGCACAUGGCUUCACUUCAAAUGCUGAAUUUGGCCAAAAAUCAGUUUGUGGGUGGCUUGCCUGGCUCGUUUGGUAGUGAGAAGCUAGAGACCUUGGACAUGUCCGAAAACCGGUUUUCGGGUAAUAUUCCACGCCACUUCGGGAGCUUAUCAUCGCUGGUGCAACUUGAGCUAAGUGAGAACAAGUUAUCUGGUGAAAUACCAGAAGAAUUGUCAUCAUGCAAGAAGCUUGUUAGUGUCCACCUGAGGCAUAACCAGCUCAGCGGCUCCAUUCCGGCUAGUUUCGCUCAAAUGCCAGUUCUUAGCCAGCUUGAUUUGUCCGACAAUCGAUUUUCCGGCGAAAUACCAAGGAAUUUAGGGGGAGUGGAAUCACUUGUUCAAGUGAAUAUCUCGCACAAUCACUUUCAAGGUACUUUGCCAUCUACAGGAGCAUUUCUUGCCAUCAACAAGAGUGCAAUCGAAGGUAAUGAUCUUUGUGGUAGUACUGAUUCCACAACUGGUCUGCGACCAUGUAAAAAGAGUACUAAUAAGAACCCUAUUUGGGGAUUCAUAGUUGCAUGUUUUAUUGGUGCAUUGAUACUCCUUGCUAUUAUUGCGUUUGGUAUUGUUUUCAUUCAACAAAGAAACAAUUCCGAGAUGAAACAAGUACUGGAGAAUGAAGAAGUGAUUUGGGAAAUGCAAAUUUUCCGCGCAAAGUCGAUGAAAAUCGAGGAUAUCUUGUCAUCCAUUAAAGAAGAAAAUGUCAUUUCCAGAAGCAAAACUGGUGUUUCUUACAAAGGCAAGUGUGUUUCAAGUGGCAUGCAAUUCAUGGUGAAGUUAAUCAACGAAGUGAACUCGCUUCCUUCAAACUUUUGGACUGAAAUUGCUCGAUUUGGUAAGCUUCAGCAUCCUAAUAUUGUCGAGUUUAUCGGAAUUUGUCGGUCCAAGAAUCGUGCAUAUCUAGUGUCUGAGUACAUGGAAGGGAAGAAAUUAAGUGAAAUUCUUAGGAAUCUAAGUUGGGAACGGCGACAAAGAAUUUCAAUUGGCAUCUCAAAGGGUCUAAGAUUUUUGCAUUCUCAUUGUUCAUCUUCAAGCAUUCUCAUCGGUGACAUAUCGACCGACCAAGUUAUAGUCGAUGACAAGGAUCAACCUCGCCUGAAAUUGAUUUCGUCAGCCUAUGCUUCCUCAGAAACCAAAGACGCGAGCGAGGAGUGCGAGAUCUAUGGAUUUGGGCUCAUACUCAUUGAAUUGUUGACCGGAAGAAGUCGCGGAGAUGCUGAGUCGUGCUACGGUGUGCAUGAGAGCAUUGUAGAGUGGGCCCGGUACUGCUAUGCGGAUUGCCAUCUGGACACGUGGAUUGAUCCGAUGAUUAGGGGGCAUGCAUCAAAUGAUUACAAUGAGAUUGUUGAAAUCAUGAAUUUGGCUCUCCAUUGCACCGCAAUAGAUCCCACGGCCCGGCCGACCGCAGACGAAGUAUUGAAAACCCUAGAGUCGACUUUCAGGACCAGUUCUUCUUGGCUCCCACACUUAAACUUCUCGUCAUGUGUUAAUUAAUUAGCAGUUUAAACCCUAAUAAUUAUUGACCCUUUUUCUGCCCUUCUUUUUUAUGGAUUUUUGUUGUAUAAGGUGUCAUAAUGAUUAUAUGUAUGCAUG